AGGGUGGGCUGAGACCUGACUGGACAGGACAAGGGUGAUCCUAGGAGAAGAGGGUAAUGGGUAUAGAAUCAUUAGGGUAGCAGGGUACAGGGUAGUAGGAUAGCAGUAGAGUACGUGGUCCACUGGUUCAGAACUGGAUCAUUCAUAACAUGGCUACUUAGAGAGGACACUGGAGGGAAUGAAGGAGGAAACCCCAGUGGAUUUGUAAGGCACGACCAAAGAAUUCACAAAACUACUUCUAGGAGUACACUAUACCAAGCAAUUCAUUGGGGAACUGUAUGAGUGGCUGAAUGUUGUGAUGUUGCUCUGUGGGCUCAUUUUCUGGGGUAUAUCUGUGACAUGAAAUGUUGGAUCAUUAUUGUGGACGGAAACUUAUCUUAUCUUGUACUUUUUAAGCCAUUUCUAGAGGCUUUGUUUUAUUUCUUCCUUUGCACUGUUCCUGGUUUGAUACCUAAGCACUGACACAUUGGUUAACUCUAUUUGUUUCCUAUUGACAAAAUGACUCAAUUAGUUAAUGUCUGUGUAUGUUGUCAGCUUGAACCUGUUUAUGCUUGAACGUGCACUUUGGUCCUCUGUGAAAAGUGCCAGAGGCAGAGGGAGGGGAGGCUAAUUUGGUCAGGGAAAGCAUUGUUCAUCAACAGAGAAAAUAGUACUAUCAGUUCCACUCAGAUAACCCCUAGUCGUCAUUGGACCUCAAGCCAAGCCGUGACCCCAUGGCUUGAACUCUGUGGUCAUGUGACCAGGCAGUAAAGUGGCCAGUGGUGCUGGCUUAAAGACUAUGCUCAGAGAGAGGGCAGGCUGUGGAGGGAGGAGGUUGUAUGUCAGAGCGAGAGAGAGCAAGAGGGAGAACAAGAGAGAGAGAAGAGUCAUGAGGCCAAGGCUCCCAUGCCCUGUGGCUUUUUUUUAGCUGAAUCUGUGCUUGAAUGGCGUCCUGGCAAACUGGGAGAAGCAUGAAAUGGAUACAUGGGAAGAUGUUGCAGCUGACCCACGUGUUUGCCUCAUCUGUGGAGACCGCGCCACAGGCCUGCACUAUGGCAUCAUCUCCUGCGAGGGCUGCAAGGGCUUCUUCAAGCGCAGCAUCUGCAACAAGCGCGUGUACCGCUGCAGCCGCGACAAGAACUGUGAGAUGUCGCGCAAGCAGCGCAACCGCUGCCAAUACUGCCGCCUGCUCAAGUGUCUACAGAUGGGAAUGAACCGCAAAGCAAUCAGGGAAGAUGGCAUGCCAGGAGGGAGAAACAAAAGCAUUGGGCCUGUACAGAUCACAGAUGAGGAGAUUGAGCGGAUCAUGUCAGGACAGGAGUUUAAGGAGGAAGCCAGUCUCCCGGAGCACACCUGGAGCAACAAUGGUGACAGUAGUGACCACAGUUCCCCUAGCAACGGCGCCUCCGAGGGCAACCAGCCAUCACCCGCAUCCACUCUGUCAUCCAAUCGCUCUGUAGAGAUGAAUGGCGGCUACACGGCAGCUCUCAGGGACCAGUACAUGAACACCCCCAUGAACACCCCCUACCAGCUUCUACCUCACCUCUUCAGCUACCAUGCCCAGUCAGGCCUGCUGGCCCCACAGCCCCGCAGCCUCUACCCUCAGUCACACCCCCUGGUGCUGCAGCUAGUGGCUGCAGAGGACCUGGCCCCACUGACCACCCCCAUGCUGAUAGAGGAUGGGUACAAGGUGACUCAGGUGGAGUUGUUUGCGCUGCUGUGUCGUCUGGCCGACGAGCUGCUGUUUCGUCAGAUCUCGUGGAUCAAGAAACUGCCGUUCUUCUGCGAGCUGUCCAUCGAGGACUACACCUGUCUGCUCAGCUCCACCUGGCAGGAGCUCAUCCUGCUCUCCUGCCUCACCAUCUACAGUGCGCAGAUCUUUGGAGACCUGGCCGACGUCACCGCCAAGUACACGCCCUCUGAGGACGAGAUGCAGGGGUUCAGUGAGAAUGGCAUGGAGGUGAUGGAGAGGCUGAUCUAUCUGUUCCGCAAGUUCCACCAGUUGAAGGUCAGCAACGAGGAGUACGCCUGCAUGAAAGCCAUCAACUUCUUGAACCAAGAUAUCCGUGGUCUGACCAACGUCUCCCAGUUGGAGCAGCUAAACAAGCGCUACUGGUACGUGUGUCAGGACUACACUGAGUACAAGUACCCUCACCAGCCCAAACGCUUCCCCGAGAUCAUGAUGUGUCUGCCAGAGAUCCGUUUCAUGGCAGGCAAGCUGGUGAAUGUUCCCCUGGAACAGCUCCCCCUUUUGUUCAAAGCAGUCUUGCACUCCUGCAAAUCCAGCCUAAUCAGCUACAGGACAGGAAGUUCCCCCUGUCUGACUUCUACGGGUACCUCCCCUGGGAACUGAGCCCUGCCCUGCUGGCUCUAGGACCGCCCCUUUACUCAGAGCUGGCCUAGGGGGCAGGGCAAGGGACUGGUCCUCCUUCCUGUGAAUGUGACAAGCAGCUAGUUUUAUCAAGCUUUUUUUUUUCUCUAUAUAUUUAUUACAUGACAGAGCUGAAUGUAUGCUGAUUUAUGCUGUGCACAUGCUUCUGUACAAACUAAAUGCACAUUGAUGCAUUGGUCUUUGGAGUUUACAAGUGUGUAUCCGAUUGCUCAAUGUGUGGGUGUUGCCAUUGUUAGAACUUGAUUUUAAACAUUUAUUUUAUUCGGAUGGGGCCGGAUAUAAAUGAGUUGACAAGUGUUUUGAGACUACCUCAGGAAGAUGUCGUUUCUAUUUUCAGGUACCUUUUUCCCGCCGUUUUGAAAUGAAGAGUUGCCCAGUCUAAAUCCAAUCCCUGUAAAUGCUUUAAACUCCUGAAUCAUAGAUUGAUAAGUAGGCCUUUACCACGAAAUUGACCAAAGGCAUUUAGUACGUUGAACCAAAGAUUUUUAAAAAAAGCGUUCACCCCUGCAAUCAACAAAUGAAUGUUCACUACAGGUGUAUUGUCUCCCUUCUUGUCGUAUUUUUCUAUACUGUGUUACACACACUAUCUCUUACAGAACCCACAGACAGACUUCCUGUAAGGGAUGGGCUGGUCUGUUUUGAACAUUCCUAGACUUUCGGUGAGGUGACACUUAGCUGGAUUGUGGGAUCUUGGUAGAAAACGAGCAUACGGGUAUUUUCUACAAUCAUUGACUGCGGAACAAAUGAAAGGGGGACGUUUGCUGUUAGCUGUAUUGAUUUUUGUUGUUGUUGACCAAAGUGUUAUGCAAAGCUUUUUCAAGCAGAACCCAUAGAUGGGCAAUGAGCCGAUAGCUCAAUGUAAUGAUUUCUUAUCAAUGAAGGACCCGAAUAAGAAAUGAAUCAAUGUGCGUCGGAGCUGGAGGGGAGACCUUCUGCUGACAGACAGACACACACACAGUGCAGCUGGUUCCCAUCCUAACCCCUAACGAUGAGACACCACAGACAAAGGCCCCACUGUCUUCCCUCCUAGUCCCUGUAGCACCCAUCUGUUGCUCCAGACAUACAACUUUUAGCCCUCCACUGGUACUCCCUUGCCCAAUCCUUAGCCUCUGCACAUGCUCAUUGGGUUGGUGGUCCGGUCCGCACAGUUAGGCUAGAAGGAAAUGCUGGCCUGCUCAUUUUUACUACUACAUCUUUAGACAGUGUUGGGUUCGGAAUGCUCAGGUGACUACUUUUUGGGCUGUAAAAGAGGAGAGACGGAGGAGACAUUAGGGGCUUGUCUAUUAAUCUGGAAGGACUAGAGGUUACUUCCGGCUUGCACAUCAUCUAAGACUGAUAUGCACAUUGUUAAAAAGAAAGAGAAAGAAACAUACGGAGAAAUAGGUUCUUUAUUUUCUAAGUAUGAGAUGAUAAUUCUUCCCACUUUUUUGAUCAUUCAAGUUUGAUCUGUUUCCUAGUAACCGUUGUUUGAACAUUUGGGGCAAUGCAGUCCUUAAAAUGACUCUCUUUUAUGCGUGCUGUGGUGAGGCAGGACACAUUCUUUGACCAUGAACUUGGCAAAGUCCCCACCCUGCAUGCUCCUCUCUCUCAGGUCCUUGUGGACCUGUAUUUAAACAGGGUAAAGUGAGUGUUGUGUAUUGCAUUCAGGAGUUAUUCAGUGAUCACAAUGCUGAUGUACUUGUAGGAUUCGUAGUCGUAGGAUUCAGGACAUUGUAGGUCCUUCUUAGAAGGUGUUUUCUUUUUCAAAUAUUUUCCUGUUUUUAUGAAAGUGAAUGUGUUGGUUUUAAAGGGCAUGUUUUGGAACAGAUUGUUUUUGACCAGAUUUUAAACGACUGGUGUACCAGUGCUCCCAGUUCAGUGUUGAGAUGAUUUGGCUGAAGGUGGCCUGAGACAGGGCCGAAAUGCCAGGGAUGUCCCCUUUCCAAACUGAGCAUGCUCAAAAUAACCUCAACUAUCAGGUAGGCUUACUCUCUCCCUUCAUCACUACUGUAAGUCCAGCCUCGUUUGUCUUGCUCAGCCUUAACACUACUACCUACCUGCCUUAAAGGAGUACUCCACCCCCCCCAAAAAAAAUCAAUGUUUUGUUAUUUGUUUCACUUGUCCAUUGUUGACAUAGUGCCAAAAAUGUUUUGCUGGUCAGCGAUCAAUUUUCAAGAUAUGUAACUUUUAAAAUAUAGAAAUACUCCCCAUAUGAUGCAUCUCUGGGUGGAAUGUUCCUUUAACACUGUGCUAUCUUAUGCCCUGAACCACCCGUUGAAUACUUUCUCCAAUGGUGUGUUCUUUGUUUCAGUAGUUUUCAAGUAGCCACCUUUCCAUCUUUUGUUUUUAUACAUUUUCAAUGUUAUUGUUAAAACUAGAAUCCUUAAUUAGAACAAUAACAAAGCGGACACCCCGCCUCUGUUUUGGUAAAAAAGCUUGAGGGAUGUGGGCCUGGAGAAAUGUAACCACUCUCAAAUUCAUAGACAGAGCUAUGGAUGCAAGGACUGACCAUCCAUGACAUGAAUUCUAGUUUCAACCAUGUUUUGAGGCUAUACAGCGUUUGUUUACAUUGACAUUACAAUUCUUUCUGAUGGAUGUUGGAUGUGAUUCUAUCAACUCUCUGCUGUAAUUUAAGUUCCAAAAGAAUAUAGUGUUUAUGGUAUUGAUAUUGCAAUUCAAAAUUGUUUAUGGAUUGGUCACUCUUUACUAUUACCAAAGACAUGUUACAGAGUUGAUGAGUAAAAUGAUAUCUGCAGACAGUGAAUUAACUCGGCAGAAGACAGGCACCUGUGAAACUGGUAAAUAUUAUGCAUGAUCCUUCACAUGCAAAGCCUUCACUGUAUUCCCCAGUGUCAUUUGGGCCUGAGGUGUGGAGUUUUCAACUCCGAUAUUAGAACGGAGUCGCACACCGUGGCUUCCUACUUUUCUUUCAGUUGACCAUCUGUGAACAAAGCAGAGAACAUUGAGGUGUGCCAGAAGUCACGGUGGAGAGUAACCAGCCACUGGUCUGGGGGGCUCAGUGCAUAUGGCACUCCUAAACUCAGGGAUCAGACAUUUUUAGGGUACUUGUGUUUGAGAUCCUAGCCCAGUGCUGCUGCUGCCAUACAGUGUCACUCUGGCCAUCAUACAUGAAUAUAGGGACUCUAAGUGGCAGGUUCUUCGUUGCAGUCUCUUUUCAAAUCAAACGUCACAUUGCUACCUUGCUGCCAACACCUCUCAUGUUUUGAAACACAUGUAAUACAAACUCAUUACCAUUCUCACUAUUUUCUGGAAUGUGUUUUUACAGAUAAUGGAUAUGUAAUUUGCAAUUUCUAUACUGAAACUACCUCUUUUUGUGUGUCAUCACGUUGCUUACUCACACAGGUAAUGUUAAAAAAAAAAAAUCAUAUUUAUUGGUUUCAUUGCACCAAUGUUCUGUUAUUUUGUGUCUCUUAUUUCAUCCAGUUACCUCACUGUUACCUAUUUUGCAUGUAAACGUUUCCUCAUAUGUUUUUCCGUGGUACCUCAGGACAAACUGCAGCCUCGCCCUUGGUGGAUGGGAGUCAGUUUGACCACCGUGCGCCAGUUUACAUUUACAACUUUUUUUCUGCGAUCGAUCAUGCAGUUUACAACGUCACACCAAGUGAUCAAUGAAAACGGAUCAGACUGAUGACUUAUCUACCACGUCAUGACCGUACACUACCAAUCAUUAACACACCUGAUUACUAUACCUUUCUGUGGGAAUCUCGGCAUACUGUAUGUAAUCACGUCAUUUGUUCACUUUUCUGCGGUCGUUUUAUCAAUACUUCCCAUUUUACUGGUGAAUCAGUGUUUCUUUGUACAGUUCAUACAGCAACACAGUGCCUUGCGAAAGUAUUCGGCCCCCUUGAACUUUGCGACCUUUUGCCACAUUUCAGGCUUCAAACAUAAAGAUAUAAAACUGUAUUUUUUUUUGUGAAGAAUCAACAAGUGGGACACAAUCAUGAAGUGGAACGACAUUUAUUGGACAUUUCAAACUUUUUUAACAAAUCAAAAACUGAAAAAUUGGGCGUGGAGAAUUAUUCAGCCCCUUUACUUUCAGUGCAGCAAACUCUCCAGAAGUUUAGUGAGGAUCUCUGAAUGAUCCAAUGUUGACCUAAAUGACUAAUGAUGAUAAAUACAAUCCACCUGUGUGUAAUCAAGUCUCCGUAUAAAUGCACCUGCACUGUGAUAGUCUCAGAGGUCCGUUAAAAGUGCAGAGAGCAUCAUGAAGAACAUGGAACACACCAGGCAGGUCUGAGAUACUGUUGUGAAGAAGUUUAAAGCCAGAUUUGGAUACAAAAAGAUUUCCCAAGCUUUAAACAUCCCAAGGAGCACUGUGCAAGCGAUAAUAUUGAAACGGAAGGAGUAUCAGACCACUGCAAAUCUACCAAGACCUGGCCGUCCCUCUAAACUUUCAGCUCAUACAAGGAGAAGACUGAUCAGAGAUGCAGCCAAGAGGCCCAAGAUCACUCUGGAUGAACUGCAGAGAUCUACAGCUGAGGUGGGAGACUCUGUCCAUAGGACAACAAUCAGUUGUAUAUUGCACAAAUCUGGCCUUUAUGGAAGAGUGGCAAGAAGAAAGCCAUUUCUUAAAGAUAUCCAUAAAAAGUGUCGUUUAAAAGUUGUCCACAAGCCACCUGGGAGACACACCAAACAUGUGGAAGAAGGUGCUCUGGUCAGAUGAAACCAAAAUUGAACUUUUUGGCAACAAUGCAAAACGUUAUGUUUUGCGUAAAAGCAACACAGCUCAUCACCCUGAACACACCAUCCCCACUGUCAAACAUGGUGGUGGCAGCAUCAUGGUUUGGGCCUGCUUUUCUUCAGCAGGGACAGGGAAGAUGGUUAAAAUUGAUGGGAAGAUGGAUGGAGCCAAAUACAGGACCAUUCUGGAAGAAAACCUGAUGGAGUCUGCAAAAGACCUGAGACUGGGACGGAGAUUUGUCUUCCAACAAGACAAUGAUCCAAAACAUAAAGCAAAAUCUACAAUGGAAUGGUUCAAAAAUAAACAUAUCCAGUUGUUAGAAUGGCCAAGUCAAAGUCCAGACCUGAAUCCAAUCGAGAAUCUGUGGAAAGAACUGAAAACUGCUGUUCACAAAUGCUCUCCAUCCAACCUCACUGAGCUCGAGCUGUUUUGCAAGGAGGAAUGGGAAAAAAUUUCAGUCUCUCGAUGUGCAAAACUGAUAGAGACAUACCCCAAGCGACUUACAGCUGUAAUCGCAGCAAAAGGUGGCGCUACAAAGUAUUAACUUAAGGGGGCUGAAUAAUUUUGCACACCCAAUUUUUCAGUUUUUGAUUUGUUAAAAAAGUUUGAAAUAUCCAAUAAAUGUCCUUCCACUUCAUGAUUGUGUCCCACUUGUUGUUGAUUCUUCACAAAGAAAUACAGUUUUAUAUCUUUAUGUUUGAAGCCUGAAAUGUGGCAAAAGGUCGCAAAGUUCAAGGGGGCCGAAUACUUUCGCAAGGCACUGUAUCUAUAUAGUUGUCAAGAUGGGGUGUACCAAACAAUAUAUUGUGUUCCUUCACUAUAUCUAUAUAGUUGUCAAGAUGGGGUGUACCAAACAAUGUAUUGUGUUCCUUCACUAUAUUUAUAUAGUUGUCAAGAUGGGGUGUACCAAACAAUGUAUUGUGUUCCUUCACUAUAUCUAUAUAGUUGUCAAGAUGGGGUGUACCAAACAAUGUUAAGGCAAAGUGUAAAGACUUUAAUAGGGUUAAAUGAUCAGUAUCAUGUUUGAUAUUUAGAAUGCUGCUUGUGAGUGAUUAUUCAUUGGAAUGUAACUUUGGCCCUUUUGCCAUUUCCUGUUAACAUGCUUUUCUUCACUCAUCGCAACAAUGAAUGGUUUUCUGUCAUAACAGUGUUAUUACAAGCUUAUACAUUGUUAUUACAAGCUUAUUCAGUGUUAUUACAAUUCAUUCGUUGAAGCUCCUUAUUAAGGAGCCCACAAUGGGGCAACUAGAGCAGAUAAAAUCACAACAUAUCUCAGGGAACAACGUCUUAAAGUAUUUCCAUUGAAUCUGCACCACUGGAUACGCAGAUGAAAUGCAUGACAUUUGUAUCUGCCAUGUUUGUUUGUUUUCUCCUUAAAGGGAUACUUUAAGGGAUCCCCAGAGUCAGAUGAACUUGUGAAUACCAUUUUUAUGUCUCUGCAUCCAGUAUGAGGGAAGUUAGAGGUAGUUUCGCGAGCCAAUGCUAAGUACCGUUAGCUCAAUGAAUGGAACUCAAUGGCAACAACUAGCAUGCUAGCUGUUACCAUAGAUUUCCAGUCAUUGCGCUGAUUCAGAGGGGUUGGGUUAAAUGCGGAAGACACAUUUCAGGUGAAGGCAUUCAGUUGUACAACUGACUAAUGCUAGUUAGAAGUUGCGCUGACGCUAGUUAGCAACUUCCUUCAAACUGCACACAGAGAUAUAAAAUGGUAUCCACAAGUUCAUCUGACUCUGGGGAAGUAGAUUAAGGGUUUCAUUGCCAAAAUCCCGAAGUAUCCCUUUAAAUCUUUUGAAAAACCUCUCUCCUCUGCUUUUCUUACUUGAACUACCUGUGACAAAUGUGAUCCAUAUGUGUUAAACGCAUGUUUAGAAUAUGUUAGGACUUGAAACCAAAUAAAUGUGAACGUUAUGCAACUGUGCAA